AUGAGGAAAAGGAGAGUGAAGCGGCGAAGAGUGAAGAAAGAGUAAUGGAGGGUGGGAACGGAAACCGUGGCUCCUCUUUCUACCAAUCACGUCGUGGUCAUGGUCGUGGUCGAGGUCACAGAUUUCCUUCAAAUCAAUCUAAAGUUUCAAGCUUUGGUGAAAGGGGCACUUCUUCUUCCACUAGUGGCAGCAGUGCUUCCAACUCUGUUCUCAGUAACAGGCAAGAAGAGGACGCACAACCAUCUUCCAAUAUUGUUGGAACAUGUCCUUACAUGUGCCCAGAAAGAGAGAGGAUCCAGCGUGAAAAACUGCGAGAUUUGGCAGUUUUUGAGAGGCUAAAUGGAAAUCCUAGAAAAUCAUCCCCAGCUCUUGCUGUGAAGAAGUUUUGCAGAACUAUAUCCACCAAAUAUGUUCAAGCAUCAGAUUUACGGCCAAUUGUUGUUUUGGAAGAUACUUUAAAUUACCUUUGGAGUUUGCUGGAAUCUAAAGAGCACUCAUUUGAAGAAGUUCACGACUUUGUCUUUGAUAGGACAAGGUCCAUACGCCAAGAUAUUACUAUGCAAAAUAUUGUAAACAGCAAAGCAAUUUAUCUGUACGAGAGAAUGGUAAAAUUCCAUGUUGUAUCACAUUACAACCUUUGGCGUUCCAUGUCUGAUCCGAACACUGCAUCAAUGCAUCAUCUCAACUUGGAACAGCUCACAAAGACAUUGACAUCUUUGUUCAAUCUGUAUGAAGCAAAUCGAAAUUCAAAUCAUGUUCAUGAAAAUGAAGCUGAAUUUCAUUCAUUAUAUGUGCUGCUGCAUCUUGGUUCUUACAGCCAACCGAUGGGAGAGCCACUUUCUGUGUGGUUUAGACGAGUAUCAACUCCAGUAUUGAAGUCAAAAGAAAUGUGCUUUGCUAGGAGAAUAUUACGAUCAUCCCAACUUGGAAAUUAUAAGGAUUUCUUUUGUACUACAGCAGCUCAGGCAACAUAUCUGCAGUUCUGCAUUAUGAUGCCUUAUAUCAAUGAAGUUCGUGCACUGGCUUUAUCUUGUAUAAAUUUUGGUGGCUACAAACUUCAUCCAUAUCCUCUGUUGGACCUCUCAAAACAUCUGAUGAUAAAGGAAUCAGAUUUGGAAUCCUUUUGCCAUUCUUGUGGUCUAGAAAUUUGUACAGAUGAAUCUGGAAAUAAGUUACUUCCCACAAAACAAACUACAUUCAGUCAUCCCAAAGGGAGGUUCCAAAGCUAUAGUUUCUUGGGCUUGCAAGAAUAUGAAAGUCAGUUUUAGACCUUGUGUUGAUCUUGCAUGUUGGAAAAUUGGAACAAGCAUGAUCCUGGAUGGCAGAACCUAUUUUCAUCACUUUACCUUGGUAGUAUUGUGAUCAUGCUUGGUGAUGCAACGUGUGACUGUGAUCAUUCUCAGGUAUCUCUUUGUGGUGCUUAACAUGGUAACAAAUUGUAUUAUACAUAACAAUUUUUGCACCUUUGUGCCUGUAUUGUGUGUAACGAUAGUACAUGAUAAAUGUAAGACUGACUCUUUAAGCUAUUUGUAAAUGGGUAUGGAUGUAUACCUGAUACCCGGUGAAGAUGAUGGUGAGAUCAAUAUAUUAUACGUAUAUGAGGAU